AUUCAUUAAAUCCCAGGCCCAUGAGCAGUUUGAGGAACCCAAGCUGGAGGCUGUGAGGGAGAACAACGUGGAGCUGGUGCAGGACAUCCUGAACGAGCUGAACCCGCUCACAGACAGCAGCCAGGCGGUGGACGAGCUGGUCCGCAUCCUGAAGGAGCCUCACUUCCAGUCCCUCCUUGAGACCCAUGAUUCUGUGGCGUCCAAAAACUACGAGACCCCCCCCUCCAGCCCCUGCUCCUUCAUGGACGCAGACCUCAACAACCAGCCCGUUCCCCCAGACGCCGUCCGGAUGGUGGGCAUCAGAAAAGUGUCUGGCGAGCACCUGGGAGUGACGUUUCGGGUGGAGAGCGGCGAGCUGGUGAUUGCCAGGAUCCUCCACGGCAACGACCCCAAAGUGCUGCAGGAGAUGCUGAAGGAGGCGAGCGGCAGCGUGGUGCUGAAGAUCCUGCCCAGCUACCAGGAGCCACACACACCCAGACAGGCCUUUGUAAAGUGUCACUUUGACUACGACCCAUCCCAUGAUAACCUGAUUCCCUGCAGGGAAGCGGGGCUCGGCUUCAACAGCGGAAACAUUCUGCAGAUUUUCAACCAGGAGGACCUGAACUGGUGGCAGGCCUGCCACAUAGAAGGAGGCAGUGCAGGUCUCAUCCCAAGCCAGCUGCUGGAGGAGAAAAGGAAAGCGUUUGUGAAGAGAGAUCUGGAGCUCACUACCACAGGCCCUCUUUGUGCUGGAAUGGGUGGAAAGAAGAAAAAAAAGAUGAUGUAUUUGACUACCAAAAAUGCAGAAUUCGAUCGACACGAGCUGCGGAUAUAUGAAGAGGUAGCCAAGGUCCCGCCCUUCAGGAGGAAGACUCUGGUUCUGAUUGGUGCACAGGGGGUCGGACGUCGCAGUUUGAAAAACAAGCUGCUGGUGUCAGACCCCCAGCGGUACGGCACCACCAUCCCCUUCACCUGCAGAAAACCAAAGGUGGAUGAGAGGGAUGGCCAGAUGUACUCCUUCAUGACCCGCAGUGAGAUGGAGGCCGACAUCAAAAGUGGUCGUUUCCUGGAGCACGGCGAGUACGACGGGAAUCUGUACGGCACGAAGAUCAACUCCAUACACGAGGUGAUAGACACAGGAAAGAUCUGCAUCCUGGACGUCAACCCACAGGCUCUUAAAGUCCUGCGGACGGCAGAGUUCCUGCCCUAUGUUGUCUUUAUUGAAGCUCCGGAUUUUGAGGUUCUCAAAGCUAUGAAUAAAACAGCAAUUGAGUCGGGAGUGGUGACGAAACAGUUAACGGACUCUGAGUUGAAGAGGACAGUGGACGAGAGCGAGCGCAUCAAGCGGGCGUACGGACAUUACUUUGACCUCUGCAUCGUGAACGACGGCCUGGAGGCUGCGUUCAGGAGCCUACGGUCUGCGCUGGAGAAACUGUACACGGAGCAGCAGUGGGUGCCUGUCAACUGGGUCUUCUGAACCAAGAGGUCACCAUCAAGCCACAGGUCAAAGGUCAGAGGACGGUGAGGUAGCUCCAGAGGGGCCGUCUCCAUGCAGUCGAUUGGUGGUGGGGGUCCAAGCGUCAUCGUUCAGUGCAAACGACCAGCCUCGUGUAGAGCGUUUUUGUACAAAAGUUAGUGUUCCUCCGUUGAGGCUAAUGUCAAGUUAUACUUUUAUUUGAAAUCAUUUUACUGAUAUUUGUCGAGAAGGAUUUAGAGUUGAUUAGGAGGUUUAGUGCAAUAGUGUGAGUGAGCGUGUGUGUGUGUGUUUGUUAUCAUAAACGUGGAAAUAGAGUUACGGCCCGUCCACACACAGGCAUGAAAA